AUGAGUAGAGCACGAAAAAACUCGGCCAAAAGGGCAUUUAUUCAUGAGGAAUUGUUUGCUUUGGGUAGUUUUGGUGGUAUUACAUGUUUUUUUCCUUACAUUGCAUGGGCUGUAUUACAUAAUAAGUGA